AUGGGGGCGGCACCCGUCAACCAGCGCAAAAAGGUCACUCUCGGUACCUUGAGAAGUCUCCAUAGAAAGGGCGAGCCCAUCACCAUGAUGACGGCCCAUGACUUUCCCAGUGCUCACGUUGCCGAUCAUGCAGGCAUGGAUGUCAUUCUUGUUGGCGAUAGCUUAGCCAUGGUUGCCCUGGGAAUGGAAGAUACCAGCGAGGUCCUCGUCGAAGAGAUGCUAUUACACUGCCGCUCAGUAGCACGAGCUACCAAGAGUGCCUUCACAGUUGGAGAUUUGCCCAUGGGCUCCUAUGAGAUUGCCCCUGAGCAAGCCCUGGCAACUGCUAUCCGCUUCAUCAAAGAGGGUCGUGUCCAAGCCAUCAAGCUGGAAGGUGGCAAGGAAAUGGUUCCCACGAUUGAGAAAAUCACAACUGCCGGUAUUCCUGUCCUUGGCCAUGUUGGUCUCACCCCCCAACGGCAAAACGCUCUUGGAGGCUUUCGUGUCCAGGGGAAGACUUCUAGCAGCGCCAUGAGCCUUCUUGAAGAUGCCCUGGCUGUUCAGGCAGCUGGGUGUUUUGCAGUCGUUCUUGAGGCAGUCCCGGCUGAAGUUGCUGCACUCGUCACCGAGAAGCUGUCCAUCCCCACGAUCGGUAUUGGCGCCGGAGCUGGCUGCUCGGGACAAGUUCUUGUUCAAACGGACAUGACUGGUAACUUCCCCCCUGGGCGAUAUCUGCCCAAAUUUGUCAAGAAAUAUGGCGAUGUCUGGGCUGAGGCAAUGAAGUCCAUCGAGGCAUAUCGAGACGAAGUCAAGACGAGGGAGUAUCCUGCCAAAGAGCACACGUAUCCCAUGCCGCAGGAGGAAUUUGCCGCUUUUGAAAAGGCAGUCAAUGGUUUAGAAAGCAAAGGUGACCAAGCUUGA